CCGCUAGUAGUGUUCCCGUGGAUCACCAAUAUUCCAGCAUAAGUUCCAACUUAAUUAGCCGCUGCUGCUGGUGAUGGACUCGAUCAACACUGAGCAACAGACCCCUGCGGGCAAGGAUGCAAGCGCUCCCCCACCGCAGGCUCUGGUGGUCAUGGAUCCUUCUCUUCUAAUGGCUGCGAGCACGGGCGACUGCGAGGUGCUAAAGAAUCUCCUGAACUGGGGAGAUGCACCUGUCUGGCCAAAGGCAGUGGCACCUCAGGUCGUCGUCGAGGUUCCCAACGGAGGCACCCUCAACAUUAGCACCACCAACGGAAGCUUGGACGUCCUAGAGCAAGCUUCCACUGGCGCAAUUGAAGAAGGUGCUGGUGAUCAGCCAGCUGCGCCCUCUGCAGAAUCGCUACUGGAGGGAGUCACACCUCUUGGUGACACGGCCCUUCAUGUGUUAGCAAAAUCUGGAUACUCCUCGAUGGAAAACUUUCUCGACAGCGCUUAUGUGGUCUAUAAUAAAGCCAAACACCUGUUGCAUAAGCCCAAUAUGUUGGGUGACAUGCCACUGCACUGCGCAAGUCGGGCAGCAAGUUGUAAAAUGGUGUAUUGUCUCUUAGAGUUGGCAAAGGGCGAGGAAGACUGCAAUGACAGGGUGGAGUCUAUGAUAAGAAAGCAAAACAUGCGUGGGGAGACAGCAUUGCACGAGGCAAUUCGUGCGAGGAACGUCGAUAUUGUUAUAUUGCUACUGAUGGAGGACUCACAACUUGCUCGUGUACCAAGUGAAGGAAUUUCACCACUUUUCUUGGCCGUCGUGCUAGGACAGUACCACAUUGCAAGCAUACUUCAUGAGAAAGACAACCAACUAUCGUACUCCGGACCAGAUGGAAAAAAUGUGCUUCAUGCAUCUCUCUUGAGGAACCUAGAGAUAUCGGAAGUUCUGUUGGGUUGGAACAAGGACCUUGCAAAGAAGCAAUGCCACGACGGAAGCACUCCCCUCCACCUUCUUUGUAUGAUGUCUUAUGGCGCCAUUAUGAUACCUACACUACUGGAAGCAAACUCAUAUGCAGCCUACCAGUCAGACCGAAGUGGGUCUUUCCCUAUUCACAAUGCUGCCUCGAUAAACGGGCUCAAAGAAAUCAUCAGCUUGCUUGAAAGGUGUCCAGAAUGCGUCAACUUGUGUGAUACUAUGGGAAGGACUUUUCUUCAUGUUGCUGUUGAGAACAAAAGUUAUGCCGUACUCUCCUAUGCUUGCCGGACACCAUCAGUAUCAUCAAUUUUGAAUGCACAGAACAAGGAUGGGAACACCGCGCUACAUCUAGCUGUCCAGGCUGGGGAUCUGACGAUGGUUUGUUCACUCUUGAGGGAACAGAAAAUACAACUUAGUAUACCAAAUAAUAGUGGACGAACACCCAUACAUCUAGCAUGGUUCAGGCUUCCACGAGGUUUAUAUUUUUACUGGAAUGCUGAAAUUGUGAUAUAUAAGUCACUUGGUUAUGCCGGCGCCAUGUAUGGUUGCUAUGGGGCCAGUCUCCUAGAUGUACGGCAUACAUCCCAACUAGACAAUGACAGAGAGUCCGCGGUAAUCAAUGAUUCCACACAAAUUCUUGGCAUUGGUUCAGUGCUCAUUGCGACGGUAGCAUUCGGCGCAACUUUCGCCCUGCCUGGCGGUUACCGUGCCGAUGACCACCCCAAUGGUGGUACACCAACGCUGGUCGGAAGGUAUACAUAUGCCUUUCAUGCGUACAUCAUUGCCACCACGAUAGCAUUCGUUUGUGCCUCUGUGGCCACUACCGGUCUAAUGUUCUCUGGCAUGGCAAUGGUAGAUUUGGCGGUCCGUCAAAAACAAUUCCAAUUAUCUGUAUGCUUCGCCGCCAGUUCUGUCACUAGCUUGGGAGCUUCGUUUGCAUUGGGCCUUUACAUAGUGCUUGAGCCCGUUGCUCAUAGCACCGCUAUUGCUGUCCUCGUGAUCACUUCUUCUGCAAUGCUCAUCGUGGUGAUGGAACCUUCCCAAUACAUGAAGAUGCUAGGAGCGUUGCGCAUUAGAUUGGGUAAAGGGAUUUGGAGGAUUGUAGUAAAACAAAUCUUUAUGCUAAGUUACAUGUUUUGGCCCUUUGUAAUAAUAUUUAUCUGGCCAGUUUAUUCGACGAAACAUCGUCACAACUGACCCCGCAAAGGUGGGCAAUCAAUUGGUCAGGUACGCACAUGCAUGUGCUUUACACUA